AUGGCCACAUUAAGGAAGGAAGUUUUGAGGCCCAGAAAGAGCUUAAGUUGUUUCAAAGGAAAGAAAAGAAGUGUAAGUGGUACAAAAAAAAAAAAAAGGCAAACCAAAGCACUGGUGUCACAGUUUCGAAUCAGGCCUCUAUUGACGUUUACAGGAAAGGAACCAACAAUAAAAAAGAUGAAUCCCAGUCAGGCCCCUGUGGUUCUAUGGCAAGAAAGCUGUACCACUACACAGCCCGGCAGUCCUUCCAUGGUUCCUGAGGCUUUAGACCAAGAAAGCAGUGGUCCUCAUGUAUCAGUGGCUUCAGGACAAGAGACUUUGAAGGCUACACAGCUCAGUAACAGUCCCCAAGUUUCUGUGGCAUCUGAGCAGGAUUUUGUGGAAAGCCCCCUCAGGAUAUGUUGAGGGGGCCUGACAGUGACGUUAUUUUGUUAAAGAGUUUUAAAGAUUUGUCUUACUGUGUUAGAGUUGAUGAUUUUACUGACAUUUCUGCAUUACAAGGAUUUACUUUAGAGAGUUACGUUGCCACAAAGGAAAAAAUAUGCAUUGCAGAACAUACCCAACCUUGUAAAUUGUGUACUGGAUUGUUAACAGUUGCAAAACGAAUUGCUGAUGAUGGGUACAUUAGAUUAAAUGAAGCAUUCUCAAUAUCCAGCCCCGGUGUGAAGUAUAAGUCAACACAUGCCAAAAGAAAACUUCUCCAAAUGCCUCUCGCUGCUAUCAGGAUAAAAAGAGAAAAAUAA